ACUCAUCGCCCGUGCGUGCGAGCCCGCCGUUCCUCCGCCCGCCGAAGAACUCGCCGGAAGAAAAUCCAUCCAUCCGCUAUCCCGGACGCCGAUUCCUGCCACGGUUCGUCGGUAUGGUAUCGAUCUCCGUCUGUUCGUUUUUCUUUCUUGAUCCUGUUUUCUCUCUUCCUUGCUGCGUGUUACUCCUUCUACUCGUCGAUAAAGAUCCCCUCCGCCGGCCGGAGCCGGAGCCACCUGGACCUGUAGAGAAUAUCAAUUUCUUCCCGGACGACGUAGAUUCCUUCUUUUCCUCGACCGUAUCUUCUCUCCAAGUUACCUGAUUGGUUGGAAGCAGCAGACAUUGAGGGAGUGGAGGUGAUGACGACAGGCAUGAUGGUGUGCAACAGCGAGAAAAAGGAAAAUGCCAUGCCAAGCAGCAAGCGUCAGAAGGCUGUUGUGCCUGGCCGCAGGGCGUCGGUUGCGGAGGACAUAGUGACAGAGGUGCUGUUGCGGCUUCCCAUCAAAUCCGUUGUCCGCUUCCGGGCCGUCUGCCGCUCCUGGGCCACGUUGCUCUCCUCCGAGGAGUUCUGCAGACUACACCGGCUGAUCAACAAGGCGGUGGGAGUGCCGUUGAAGCUGAUGUACUUCUCCCCUACCCAAAGGUUUGACACAACUGCGGCGUACUCCUGCUCGCUGUCGCCAGGCCCCAGAGAUAACCAGCUGUUGUUCACCCUUGACUACGCUCACGGCAGCUGGGUGGAAGUGCUGACACCUGCACCGUGCCAUGGCCUCAACCUCCUGUACGAUGCUCUCGCCAGGGCAUACUACAUUUGCAAUGCAGCCACACGGACAGUCGUGCGUCUGCCACCUUCUGGAGAUGCGGCAGCCCAUAGGAUGAGUACCGGACUGGGAUUCGAUGCCCGUACAAGGGAGUACAAAGUGGUGAGAUUGAUCAAUGGGAUGCGCCUGUCCCAUGAGCAUGAUACAAUCAGGUGUGAGGUGUACGUGCCUGGAGGCAGCCAUGGGGAUUGCUGGAGGCCGGCUGCCAGAGGGUUGCCCUUUGGACUGCGCGGAUAUGCAAUCUCUGCCGCAGAUGAUAAGAGGUUAUCACCCGUGUUUGCAAACGGAUUCCUGCACUGGUUGAUCCAGCCAUACCAUGAAUUCGAACGGAUAAGAGGUGCCAUUUUAUACUUUUCUGUCACGGAAGAGACCUUCAGAUGUGUCCGAUCACCUCCCGUCCCGGCAUCAAAAUUCGGGCAGAAACCUCUGUUCAUAGCACAAUCAGGAUUUUACAUGUGCUGCUCUCCGCAAACACCAGCAGGGCACCUAGUGGAGAUGGAUAGCCAACUGUGUCUAGUUCGAGACCUUCGGAAUGACCCUUAUCAUAGCACCAUGCAGAUUUGGAGGCUGCUAGAUUAUAGCUCUGGUGAUUGGUCGUUGGAUCAUCAGAUCGAUUUAUCAGGGUACAUCAUGAGGAGAGAAUUGCGUGAGCCACAGUCCGUGAGAGUUAUUGGCUCUAUUGAUAAUGGCAGAUCAGGGAAGAAGAUAGUCAUCACUACUUGCAAGCACAAGGUUCACGAGAAAUUUGAAAAAAAGGUUCACACCUAUGACCUGAGUACUAAGGAGCUGUACACCAUUCUUUCGGUCACCGAGACAAGCAAGUCAAAAUACGGAUCUCUUCCCUAUAAUCCACCUGCUUCAGGAUUCAGUUUAUUUGAAGACUGCCUUGCUCCAUUGCAUAAAACAGAUGAAGAGUUAGACUUGUCAUCUGCUCCGGUUAAGGCAGUUAAAGAGAUCCUAAUCCGCCUCCCAGCUAAAUCGCUCAUACAGUCCAAACUGAUCUGCAAGCAGUGGCUCAGGUUGAUCAAUAGUGAAAGCUUCAUCAAGUCGUACACUGAGCAUAGGAACAUAGCAGAAGGCCAAAGCUAAUGCUUGCGGGAAAGGGAUUCAACACAGGCAGACGGUUGCCAUACUGCUGAUACAUCGUUGAGUGGUAGCAUUUCCAGCAUCAUAUAUGCUGGUUAUAUUAAGCAUUGUUUUUUCAGUA